GCUCAGCGCCGAGGACGGUGGCGGAUGGUUCCCGGCAGCUGGCUCUCGGCUCGGAGCUGCGGCGGGCAGGUACGCGCCAUGCUGGGGCUGCUGCUGCUCUGCCAGCUCCAGCUGACCGCGUCGAGGUUUCUUCACCGCGUACAGAGGCUGAGCAGCCCGGAGCAGCCCGACGCCACGCAUGUGUUCACAUCAGCAAAGGAGGCCAAUUUAUUCAUUGGACGACGUCUUCUGAACAACAGAUUUGAUUUUGAAGCAUUCACGCCUGAUAACCUGGAAAGAGAAUGUAUGGAAGAGCUGUGCAGCUAUGAGGAGGCCAGAGAAGUUUUUGAAGACACUGAUAGAACGACACAGUUUUGGAACGACUAUUCAACUAAAGGUCCUAGAAUAAAAACAGGUAAGAAACCCUUUUCUUCUUUUCUCAUAUUGCAGUAUUUUAUGUUUAUUCUAAUACAUCCUGCAUUCAGAGAGCAGAUCUACAACUCAGUCAAGGUCACAAGUACAUUAAAUAAUAUUUGGAAGGCACUGGAGGAAAGACAUCUUCAAAGUUUCACUACAGGAAAGGAAACGUCUGCUCACUUUAAGAUGAACGUGAACAGCAAUCUUAGCUUGGAUUGCACAGAUAUCAUGGCUUCUCAGAGCAAGCUAGACAUUUGUGACAAAGAACAGCACAAGAAGAAUAGUACUUCACAGUGUAAACUGUCAAGAACACAGAAAGAGCCCUAUCUGAAAAUAGCCCAUGUUUUAUUUUCAGGUGAUGAAACACUACAAAAAAUAAACAUUACAGGACUUCUAAUCGGUCCGAUUGCUGCUGGAGGAAUGUUAGCCAUAAUUGGACUACUUAUCUUCUACUGCUGCAAAGAUAGAUGUAAAUCAAGGCAACCACCAGGGCAUUUGGAUCAUGGAAGAAGCAGAAGACGUAGUUCGACUUCCAUCUUCAGAAGGCACGAAGAACUGUCUUUAAAUCCACUUCCUCCCAGACCUGAUGAUUCAGGACUACCAACUUAUGAGCAAGCAAUUACUUCAGGCGGGCAACAUGACGCACCUCCGCCCCCCUACCCAGGGCCCCCAAAAUGGGUACGGGCGUUUAGGAAGUCUAUGUCACUUCCUGCCCCUUAGCUGCAAACCUCCUCCUAAAGGGAGGAGGGAUCUUUGAGGUAUAACAAACUUUUAAAAAGUUCACUACCUUGCACAUUGCAAGAUGGUUUACAGAAAUGUGAAAGAUUGUUAGCACAGCUAGGAGCAAAUCAAGAUCCCCUUGGGAGAGUGAACUGUUGCAAAAGCUGCAGAACCAUUCUUUGCACAAGGGUGUUUCUCUAAGAAGAGAGAAUGUAUAAAGAGUAAGUCUUGUACUGCCCCUCUUCCACACGCACUUUGAGCCAUGCCAUCAUAUUAUUGAUGUUUUAUUAAUAGUUUUAUCUUGUUUCUUUAGAAGGAACAUUAUUUUAAUUGGUUUUAUUGACAGUAACCGUUUUUUGGUGACUUAAUACUUUCAGUCAUCAUCAUAAGUCUACUGUGUUGUUUGACAUUGCUGCUGUGUGGAUUUUCUAUUCAUUCUAGUAAUAGAUUUGAGUAUGAAAAUCAUGUGAUGAGUUUAUCUUGCAAGUGUGAAUAUAUUUCUGCUUCUGGAUUACAGUGGUUUGUUUUAGACUUUGCUGGUAAACAUUACUUAAUUUGAUGUAUUUUUGUGAUUAUUAUUUUGGAUUAAAAAGAGUAAUUAGUUGCAUGGCAUAUUGCACACUCAACAAAAAUGUAUGUUAAUCAAAA